GACUGUGUAAAUCUUCAGGUUUUUGUAGGCAGGAGGGCUCGCUGUGAUUGAAGAUGAGGCUGAGUGGUGUCCUAGUGUGUGUUUUCAUGCUCUGGGUUGAAGGGUCGUGGGGUGACACACCGGCCAACUGCACCUAUGAAGACCUCCUGGGCACAUGGGUGUUCCAGGUGUCCAAAGGAGGACACGAUAAGACCAUCAACUGCUCGGCUCAAGCUACAGGUGAGAGCGUCGUGACUGUCACCCUGGACAAAUUGUCGGUAGCCACAGAUGAGCUGGGGAACACCGGCUUCUUCACCCUCAUCUACAAUCAGGGCUUUGAAGUGGUGCUUAACGGAUACAAGUGGUUCGCCUUCUUUAAGUACACUGAAGAAGGCCCUAAGGUGACCAGCUACUGUGACCAGACCCUGCCAGGGUGGGUGCACGAUGUCCUGGGUCACAACUGGGCCUGUUUUGUAGGGACGAAAGUGAAGUCAGUACCACCUCAAACAAACUACAAACCGUUCUACAGCAGCAGGCUGCUCCAGAAGCCGUACAGAAACAACCUGGACUUCAUUGAUUCCAUCAGCUCGGCUCAGAAAUCCUGGAGAGCUGUGGCAUACCCUGAGAAUGAGAUGUACACUCUGCAGGAGAUGCACAACAGAGCAGGGGGGCCCGCCUCCCAGAUCCCUAUACGUGUUCGCCCUCUGCCUGUGAAAGCUGAAGUAGCCAAGAUGGCAGCUGCUCUGCCUGAGCGCUGGGAUUGGAGAAAUGUGAACGAUGUCAACUUUGUCAGCCCUGUGCGAAACCAAGCGUCGUGUGGUAGCUGCUACUCCUUCGCCUCCAUGGGAAUGCUGGAAGCUCGUGUUCGAGUCCUCACCAACAACAGCGAGAGCCCCAUCCUCAGCCCUCAACAAGUGGUGUCCUGUUCUGAAUACUCUCAAGGUUGUGAUGGUGGCUUCCCAUACUUGAUCGGAAAGUAUGCACAGGAUUUUGGCAUCGUGGACGAGUCGUGCUUCCCAUACAUUGGAAAGGACUCCCCGUGUGGCGUUCCUCAGAACUGCUUCCGUGUGUACACGGCAGAAUACUACUACGUCGGUGGGUUUUACGGCGGCUGCAGUGAGAUGGCCAUGAUGAUGGAUCUGGUCAAAAAUGGACCAAUGGCAGUCGCUUUUGAGGUGUACCCUGACUUCAUGCACUAUAAGGAGGGCAUUUACCACCACACGGGCCUGGCAGACCCCUUCAACCCCUUCGAGCUCACCAACCACGCUGUGCUGCUGGUGGGAUAUGGCCGCUGCCACAUGACUGGACAGAAGUACUGGAUCGUCAAGAACAGCUGGGGCACCAAUUGGGGCGAGGACGGCUACUUCCGAAUCCGCCGGGGAAGUGACGAGUGUUCCAUUGAGAGCAUCGCAGUCGCAGCCAAUCCCAUCCCCAAACUGUAGACACAGAAACUCGUCCGUGGGAGGAAAGGGUGACAUGAUUAGAGUCCCAACAGUGCAGCAGUUUUUAAUGUGUGCUUGGAUACAGACCUCAAAUUUUUAAUUUUUCACAGCAAGUCAUGUCACAUGGUUAGCACUGAUCUGUCUUUCUCCUCUCUAAUCAAACAAGUUGCAUGAGCAUGAUUUGUACUGAAAUUCAUGAUUGUAUCAAACCAAUAUAACUCACAUACAUGUAACCAAAGUCUAUCAAGCUGAAAUGACCAUGACGGUCUCCAGACUUGAUUGUAUUGAUCUGUUUUCAACAUCUUUUAUUAUCACCCUGUGAACGAUUUUACUUCAAGCUGUAACUGCCUAAACAACGAGGGACUGUGACAUAUCAUGAUGGUUUAUAAAAUACCAAUUGUAAAAUUUAAAGGGAGCUGUCAGCUGAAGAGCUAGUGUUUGUUUUCCUUGCAAUGUGCACGGUCCUUGAUUCUUUGUCUCAGGGAAUCACAGUGGAGAUCAUUUUCUGUAUUUGCAUCAUUAUUGAAACAGUUACUGCCACGUGUCUCUAUGGAGUUCUUUUAAAGGGAUUUGUUGAUCAGUUUUAAAAAAAGGAAUAUGUUUGAUUGUAGUGCCUUUGAUUCUGCUGCUCGGUUAGUGUUGGAAACUGAGCCGCAGCGUAUUGUGAAACUUUCUCGCCUGGAAAAGUCGACCGAAUAAAAUCAUUAAAAUUUUACUGUCCGUUUGAUUUGUGUGCGUGUAGCACGAUGGAAAACACCUUUGCAUUGUGUUUUAGGUGUUAACCAAACAAAUGGUUAAUUUACUGUCAAUGUGUCUAAUUAAGGUAAGUUAUUCAUAAUUAAACUGAAUUAAUUCUA